CCUUUGUCAUCGAGGGCGCUGACUGCGUAUGUGCGGAUGCGGCAGAUAGCGAAAUCUUUGUAACAGGAAUGGAGGAUUCCACAGUUGGAGUAUGGAAGCUGACAAGAAACCAAGGAGAGAAAACGAGUCUUACCUGGACCCAUAUCUUGCGAGGCCAUACAGAUAGGGUGACUUGUGUUGCUGCCUCCCGAGCUUGGAGCUUGGUGGUCAGUGGCAGCGACGAUUCCCAUGUCAUUUACUGGGACUUGAACCGGGCUUCAUACGUUCGUUCCAUUCAACAUGAUACUCCUGUAUCCCUGGUUGCCAUACAAGAUUCUUCUGGAUUGGUCGCAUCCUGCUCUAAAACUACAUUGAUGCUUCACACGAUCAACGGUAUUCUGAUCGCCUCUCUUAAUCUGUUUGCCCGAGACCCCAUCUAUUCUAUCGCAUUCCACGAGAGAGAAUAUUCAAAGAUAGGGGUGCUUGCUACUGGAUCAGUAGGAGCCAUCACGUUAUGGACAUGGAACAAGGGGAGAUUCCAUCUAGAGAACAUUCACUCCGGUGAGGUAACUGACACCCCCACCGAACCAAACUUAGAUCCAGCCAUAUUCUCAUUAGGACGCAUAGCACAAUCAACAGCCCGUGGUGGCUAUCAGUUGAGAAGAUCCAGCGUGGACGAGGACGGGGACGCGGGCGCGCUCCUGAUGGCGCUAGACCUGAAGGUGCUCAAGAGAGAGCAGAUAGAUCUGCUGGUACCAGUAGAGGAAGAGGUGCUGCAAGACGUAGUGGACAUCGCGGAAAACAAGAGGGGCAACAGCCUCGGAGUCGCCCAACGCAUUGGGCGCCACAAUGCCUUACAAACUAGAGUACUCAGGUUCACAAGGGGUUUAAUUGAUGCCGACCCUCCUAUUGAAGGAUUGGAUGAGACAAUCAUCAUCGAACCUGCCCGACUACACAUCACACUAGGAGUGAUGUGCUUGGAGAGGUCCAAUGACGCCAAUUCGGCUGACCAAGAGGGGGCCAAAACUGUACAACAAGCUUUGGAGCUAUUGACUAGUCUUCGGUCUGAAGUAGUCGAGAUGGUGGGAGCCACCAAAACUUCGGAAACGACAGGAAGUGCGGUGAUAAAGGCAGAGGGAUUACCAGUCAACCUAGACACCAUGGGAACCCUACAAAGAGACAAAAACGACACCGCCCAUGUACUGUGGAUCGGACCAGAGCAAAGCCGUGGGCCUCAGAGAACUACACUCGAACAAGUGGCUGCACAUUCAGUUCCUGAUUACAUAUACUCCAUAGUUACACUGUACACUCAUCAAAACAUCUCAAAGAAGAGUCCUGAGAUCGGGCCAGCUGAACGAUACGGUUUCUCGGAACGUGGUAUCUUUGAAUCACAAGCGUACAAGGCAUUAGAUUUCGCUACCCAAAAGUCACCCGCUCCAAGUAACCGAGCACCAACGUCGCAGCGGCCCAAUUUUGGCACAUGGAUUGUGGAUGAAAUUCAAUUGUGUACUAUGGGUUCUGUAGAUCCCGAUACUGGUGCAUAUGCUUCAGUUGGUGGCAUCAAGAUUAUUUGUGAGUUAGAUUCGAACCUGUCCUAUCCAUGGAAUACACAA